UGGGCAGUGUAAAUCAUUUCUUAUCAUUUUUCUUGCAAAAUAUUAUCUUUUGUUAAAAAUAUAAAAAAUAAAAAUGGUAAACUGCCACUGCACUGUCGACAAACCAGCAUCUUCUCUCUCAUAGUUCUGUCGCCGCAACAAUGGAAGCGGCCACCAUGGCUUCUACGCACAUCUUCCCCACCUUGCGCACGUUUGCGCCUAACCAUUUACGAACUGGAAACCCUAAACGAACCCUAACCUCUCCCUCCGUCAGAGCCUCUCUAUCGACCAGCCUUCUCGCUCCGUUCGUCGGCGGCAGUGUUUUUAGCGACUUCUCCGGCCAGAAAAUCCGUCCAGCGUUGCUCAAUCCUGAUUCUUUGUCGGGCUCCCGAGCCAAAAGAGGGGUCGUCACCAUGGUCAUCCCUUUUUCAAAGGGGACUGCAUGGGAGCAACCUCCGCCAGACUUAGCAUCUUAUUUGUUUAAAAAUCGCAUUGUCUACUUGGGCAUGUCUCUAGUUCCUUCCGUAACUGAGUUGAUGCUAGCAGAAUUUCUUUACCUUCAAUAUGAUGAUGCUGAAAAGCCAAUUUAUCUAUACAUAAAUUCUACUGGGACAACCAAGGGUGGUGAAAAGUUGGGUUAUGAGACAGAGGCUUUUGCAAUUUAUGAUAUUAUGAGGUAUGUUAAGCCGCCUAUAUUUACCCUCUGUGUUGGCAAUGCUUGGGGGGAAGCUGCCUUGCUUUUGUCUGCGGGUGCAAAGGGAAAUCGGUCUGCCUUGCCUUCAUCGACAAUCAUGAUAAAGCAGCCAAUCGCUAGGUUUCAAGGUCAAGCAACAGAUAUUGACCUUGCAAGAAAAGAAGUAAAGAAUGUGAAGGCAGAGUUGGUUAAUCUCUUGGCAAAGCAUACUGGAAAGUCCUCAGAGCAGAUUGAAGCAGACAUCAGCCGGCCUAAAUAUUUUAGUCCAAGUGAGGCAGUUGAAUAUGGCAUCAUUGAUAAGGUGCUUUACAAUGAAAGGGGCACUGAAGAUAAAGGAGUCGUUUCUGAUCUUAAAAAGGCACAACUUAUUUAACUGUAUCAUAGCAGCAAUCAGUGAUUCUAACGAGUGUUCAGGUAAUUAUGAACCCCAUGAACAGAAGAAAAGAUUUUUCUCAAGCGCAGUUGAAAUGCUUCUUUGUACCAGAAUCUCCAGUUUGGGAAUUGCCUAUUUCAGCAUUCCAGAGCAAGGCUCAAUUGGUGCAGGGAUGAUGCUGUGCGUCCCGUGGUUCUGUUGUUUCACUGUAAAAUUGGAAGUAAAUCAAUUAACUUGCAUAUGCUUACCUUUAUUUUCCAUUUUAGUGGAAUAUUUCAUUCAUAUGUCCACACCUAUGUGCUCUCUCUCACUCCAAUCUUUUGCAUGUUCCCUUAUCUACACCCAGUCACUGUUUUUACCCAUUUUUUUGGUUUGAGGAACUGGAGUUUCUGGAAGAGAAAAGGAAUUGCCUGUACUUGUAAUGGUAAUCCCACUUGACCAUUA